AGAUUAUCUUAAUCAGCUGGCUAUAUAUCCAUCUAUGUAGCACGCAUGACAAAGUUUCGUACAGAGAGAACCUGACGUAGCACUUUAUAAUUACUUACAGGUAAUAUUGUUCAAAAGCUUUCUUAACUGGAUAUUUUAUAAGCGCAACGUAUUAUUGAAGCCGUAGAUUGCAAGAAUAAAUAUGUCUCAGUAUACAGUUAAAGUUAAAUGGGGUAAAGAACUCUUUUCAAAUGUUGAAGUCAAUACAGAAGAGGAACCAAUACUAUUUAAAGCACAGCUUUUUGCUCUUACUGGGGUCCAACCAGAAAGGCAAAAAGUUAUGGUCAAGGGAAUGACACUUAAGGAUGAUGAUUGGGGCAAUGUAAAACUUAAAGAUGGUGUUACAGUACUUAUGAUGGGUUCUAAAGAAGAGGAUGUGCCUGUAGAACCGAUAGAAAAGCCAUUAUUUAUGGAAGACAUGAAUGAGGCUGAAUUGGCAACAGCUUUAGAUCUUCCAGCUGGAUUACAUAACCUUGGGAAUACAUGCUAUUUAAAUGCAACAGUACAAUGUUUGAAAACUGUACCAGAGUUACGAGAAGCUUUGAAAGUUUUUCAAGGUGGUUGGUUAGAAUCUACAUCUCCUGAUCAUUCAUUCAUACCCGCUCAAAGUAUAACAGCGGCAUUAAGGGACUUGUAUGACAAUAUGGACAAAGGAACAUCAAAAGCGCCCCUUGUUUUAGUACAAAUGCUACAUCUUGCAUUCCCUAGAUUUGCUGAAAAGACUGAACAAGGUGUUUUUCAACAACAAGAUGCGAAUGAAUGUUGGACGGAGUUGAUCAGAAUGCUACAACAAAAAUUACCUCCGAAGGACAACCCUUACGCGUUAGAAGAUGACAGCUUUAAACCACGAUCAUUUAUCGAACAAUAUUUUGGAGGCAUGUAUGAAGUUCAGUUAAAAUGCGACGAUACCGAUGAACCAGCCACUUUUGCAAAAGAAGAAUUUUUACAACUAAGUUGUUUCAUUUCGCAAGAUGUGAAAUAUCUUUAUUACGGGCUUAUGAGCAAAAUGCAAGAGCAGAUUGUAAAAAUGUCACCAAAGCUUGGAGAAAACGCUGUUUAUUCAAAAACGGUGAAAAUAACCAGGUUACCUGCAUAUUUAACCAUACAGUUUGUGCGAUUUUAUUAUAAGGAGAAAGAGGCAAUUAAUGCAAAAAUCUUGAAAGAUGUGAAGUUUACCUUAGAUUUUGAUGCUUACGAGUUAUGCUCAUCCGAACUUCAAAGUAAACUCACACCAAUGCGUGAAAGAUUUAAACAAUACGAAGAUAGUCUGGUAGAAGAAUCUUGUAAUGCAAAGACUAAAGAUAAAGAAAUUACAAAGAAAAAGAAACAGGAACCGUAUUGGUUUAAACAUGAUCUCGGAUCGAAUAACAGCGGUUAUUAUAAAUUGCAAGCAGUUCUGACGCACAGAGGCCGCUCCAGCAGCAGCGGUCACUAUGUAGCUUGGAUUAGGCAAAAGAACGACACGUGGAUGAAGUGCGACGAUGAUGUCGUUACGGCCGUAACGAGCGAGGAAAUUUUAAAACUCAGUGGCGGAGGCGAUUGGCAUUGCGCGUACGUUCUUUUAUACGGUCCUAGAAUCUUGGAAGUGGACGAUACUGAAAACGAUUCCAAUGAUACAAACACUGCCGAGGCCCAGUCUUAACUGUUACAAAAUUACUGUAAAAAAAUACGAUUUAUAUAUAUAUAUAUUACAAUA